AAUUAAAAGCAGCAACAUGAGUCAAAGGGCAGUGUCAGUGUCUGCUUUACAAUUAUAACAACAUCACAGAGUUUGUAAGAGAAUCACUGUCCUCACUUUAUUUUCAGCCUCCUCUUCCUACUGAUCUACAGAUGUUUCAGCCGCUUGUAAAUUUCACAGCUAAGUGCUUUAAAAUUUACUGUUUGUUGCUUCUUCAGAACCCACCCGUUAAAGCUGAGUGGCCUGAAAGAAUCUCAGCAGCCUGCAUAGAGCAUGUGGACAAUAAAGAGAUGGAUUGUUCCAUGCCAAUAAACUUUCUGUGGCCAGUGCUGACAUGUGGGGAACAGGUCAUUAGAAAGGGUGUAAGCUACGACUAAAAAUAAUGACUGUUGGGAGUCAAAUUAUACCAUUGUGUCAAAAAACAAUUUAAAAAAAAGUAAAUCUGCAGCCUAGUAACAUCUCUCUCUGUGUCUUUCUUUUCUUUUUUUUAAAUCCAGCAAAUGCCAGGGUUUUAGCUCUUGUAAUUUAGCUUUAGUGGUAACACAUAGGGUUUUAAACAUCUCCAGGUAUCUUAUGGAAAAUAUUUUUCUUAGGAAUACUUUUGCACCUGCCUGUAUGAAAUUGUAGGUACUUAUCAUCCCUGAUUAACUUCCAAGUGCCAUUUUUCUCCAAACAGAAUCUAAAUUUUAAAUUAUCUGCUGUUUGUUUAUCAUUGGGAAUCACAGUCCACUGCAUGUGACAUUGUCGCAAUAUCGCCACAACAAACAGGAUCAUGCCUUCUACUGGAGAAUAGGCAGCGGGAGGGGAUAAUGAGCUGUUAACGAGCAAGUAUCCUGUUUGUAUGAAAAUGUCCUUAAUAAUCAAGGAGAAAAGGGAGAUGCCAGACAUGGAACUACAAACCUUGAGUUCCAGGACUCAUUAAACUCAUCAGGAUCACAGAGGAUAAUAGCUAAAUUGAUACAAGUGACCAGUUAUUGAUAUCAAAGGGUGAUUGGAACCCAGGAGAAAUGCAGCUUCAGCCCCUAUCUACUCAUCACAGCCUAGAAGCAUGGAGCAAAACGCUUUGCCUAAUCCAGGAACAGCUCAGCCAGAGGUUUCAGAAUGCAAGGAACUAGAUCACACAAGAGAAACUUCAGAAGUGACCAACAGUUUAUCCUGUACAGACUAACUCAGCUACCCCGUGGAGCUUCUAAUGAGUUAUCUGCCAUCCUCAAAAGCUCUGUGCCCUCCAGUGGCGAAAGUGAGGCACCGCAAGGUGAGCACACAGAUUUGGAUGGAACAAAGAUGGAGCAACGGGUGAAAUGUAUGGAAGACAAACUCAGGGAAAUGAAUGUUCGAUUUGAAGACGCAGAGAAACGACUACAGGUUUUGCAGGACCGGCUCAGCCAGGAAGCAAUAAAUGGGAUUGAUUGCGGUGGUUCCAUAUCACAGGAGGCCACCGACAAUAGUCACAACUUCGCUGAGAACCCUGGAUCAGAGCCUGUCUUGGCCAAUACAGUAGAAUGCUGCAAGGUCUCAGAGAACUUGAGUGACCCUUGUCAAGAAUCAGCUGUGCUAGAGAUGUACGACAGGCUCAGGACACAUGAGUGGGAGAAAGCCAAAUGUGCUGCUAGUGACUCUGCCUUCUCAAUGACAUAUGAACAAAUGAGCACAGUAAUUAAGGCUGUGUUUGCCAAAUGUGAAGAAGAGCUGUCACAAAGAAUGAAUCGAAUCUUUGAACUCCUGGAGAUUCCAGUUUCUAAGGAAACCACAAGCCUCUUUGCCAGCCAGCAGCUGCCCCCUGGGCUCAUAAGAGAGAUAAAGAAUCACCUUAAAAAUCUCUACCUUAAAUACGGAGAAAACUUUUACCAAGCCAUGAGUCUGCCUUUGCUUUCUCCUGAUCAACAGAAGUUACAGCCUCUAGUACAUUUCACAGCGGCAUGCUGCAAAAUUUAUUGUUUGUUGCUUCUUCAGAACCCACCCAUUAAAGCUGUGUGGCCCACAGAGGAAAGAAUCCCCACAUACUGCAUACAGCAUGUGGACAAUAAAGAUGUGGAGGACAAGAUGCCAUUGAACUUUCUAUGGCCAGUGCUCGCAUGUGGGAGGCAAGUACUUAGGAAGGGUGUAAUCUAUGGCUGAAUGGAAUGACUGGUUGAGUCAAAUUAUACCCCUGUGUUAUAAAAUAGUAAAAAAAGUAGUGAAUAGUAGCUCUGUAGUUUUCAGUCUUUUUCAUUCACGAAAUGCCUGAGUUCUAGCUCUUGUAGCAUUUACUCCUGGAAGGGGAUGUGACCCAGAGACCCACUGGUGCCUGACAAAGGGUUCGCUACUUUAUAGCACCAACUCCUAACAAGCUUGACAAGCUCACUGUAUCAUGCACACUGCUUUCAUAGUAGUUAUCCAUAAAGAAAGCCAUGAGAGGUCUCAAAUGAAAUCUAGGGUCAUAGAGAGAGCUGUGAAAUGUACAGAUAUAGUCUCAUAUGCACAUACCGAAAAUAUGUUUAGAUUUGGUAGCCAGGAAUGAGUCACGAACCAAAGAGCAAGGCAGGUUUUCUUUGAGACAGGAGAUAAUGUGUAACUCUUG